GCAACAACCCCUUAAACACAGAUCAAACCUGAAACUCAUCACACUUCGUUUUGAGCUCUUUCUGUGGAGUAGAUGUAACUGUGGAGAUAAAUUUAACGCUACAAUGAAAAAAUAGUUAGUCAUUUCAGAAAACUGCUAAUUCUUGAGGUUUAGGAAAUUCCGUACGUUACAUCAAAUCUAUGUAGAGCAAAUAACACUUUACUAUAUUGGUACUGUAUCAGUGGGUGGUUCUUCAAUUGUAAGUCAUUUAGAAAUAUAUAAAAAGACUAGUUCGGUUUGUAAGCCUACCUAAUAUCAAAAGCUUCGAGAACUGCUCACUGGCCUGAAUAUGACUGUGACAAAGAAAACUGAAGAUAAUUAUCAUGUCAGUUUGCUGCCACCUAUCCUGGACUCUUACAAAUCAGCACUAUGUCCAGAAAAGGCAGCCGGCCUAUCUGAAUGUCAGAGGCGGAGAAGACAACAAAGCCCCAGCAGAACAGAGCCGAUGGCGAUGACUUCUGCUCAUGUUGUGGAUUCUGAUCAAGUGCUUGAAAGAAAACGAAAAGCUCUUCUAGAUCAGCGCCAUCUAGAGACAUACUACAGGCUACAGCGCUUGAAAGACGUGCUGUCAUAUCAGUAUGCUACAUUACUGAGGGAAAAAGUUCAAAGACAAAGACAAGAAAUUAUGCUCCAGGAUUCCAGACUUAGAGAAGGACAUAAAGAACAGAAGUUUGACAACAUUCAGAGAGCCACCAGAUCAACACUCUCACAUGAUGAUGCAUACUUGAGGUGUCUACCUAAAACACGCUACUACCUGGUUCUGGAACUGCAGAAACAGCUGAAACGACUUGGGUAUCUUCAGAGCCGCAGGGAACAGGAGGUGUUCAGGGUUUGGACAGAACAACACAGAAGCACAUGUCAACUUGAGAAGCAACUACAGGCAAUGGAACACAGCAUUAAUUCCAGCUCAGAUGUGACUCUUGAGGAUCUGCUGAAACACAAGUCUGUGUCUUUACCGAAACUUCAGAUCACACCUGAUGUCUCCACAGCACAGCACAAACAUAUGCCAGUCUCAGUAAGAGGGCGUGGAGGAGGGGUGAACUAUUUCCAACAGCAGGACAAACAGAGCUGGGGACAAGACGAAACUGAGCUCAUGUUUCCUGAGGUUUUCACUCGACAGCUCAAAGUGCCUAAAUUUUCCAGUCUGCAGUCCACAUUCCUGGAAGAAGUCAGCUCCAAGAUGCUUCUUAUGAGAAGCCAUGAGCCACUGAUCAGGUCAAAAACCAUUGAAAUUAAACACAAAAUGAGAUUAAUGCACAACCUCUCGCUCUCUCAUAUGGUUGACACCCAGAGAAUUAUGGCAAAAAACAGACUCAGUCUGCAGUGCACAGAUGGUUUCAGCAUUAAAGAACUAGAGAUGGAGCACGAAUGUCCCCAGAACAUCCCAACUCAGAAGUCCAGAUGUGCCACAGAGCCUGACUUUACACACAUGAGUGAAAAGGGUACAUCUGAAAUCCCAGAAUCCUUCACUGAGAGUCCAAAUACACAUUUCUCACCAAGUCUCCAUCCAGCUGGGAAAAGCACAGAUGAAUCCCCAUCUAGUUCUGCUGGAGAUACGCAUUCAUCUUGUACAGAUGUGCCUUUAUGUAUAACUGACGUCUACAGCAGUCAUGCUGUUGAGGUGGAAAACUGUGAGGUGAACCUGUGGACAAAUUAUACAUAGAGGACUGGCGUUGAUCUGUCACUUUAAAGUCAAAGAUUAUGUUAUUUAAUGCAGAGGAUAGAAGUUAGACACAUACUGCUUAACCCACAAAUGUACUUUUUUAUCACAUUGUUUAAUUUACGUCGUUAAAAUGAUCUAGUUGUUAAACACAUGCAUUACACAUUUAUUAUAAUAAGUUGUAGGUAAUAAGUGCUGUUUCUGAAUGAAUGUUAAAAACUGAAGCUUGUCUUCAUUUGUUACUCAUUUGUGCACAUAUUUUAAAUGGGAAUAAUUUCAGAAAAGUUUUGUUUUUCCUAUGAAAUUACAAAUAUUUUUUACCGGAUGUUUUGUCGCCAAGAUGACGCUUUUCACGCUAUUUUAUGAACGUCCAUUGUCCUGAAUCGCGUCGAGUCGGGUGGCGUUUCCUCUGCUUUUGACACCUCUAGAGAAAGAUUCCCACGGGCUUUAAACUCAUAAACAUCUAACAUUCAUCAGCACCUAGCCAUGGACUUACAUUACAGUCCUUGAGUUUUUUUUUGUUGUUUUGUUUUUUUCUCAAGUAUUUUCUAAAAUUAAUACACUUGAUAAAAAUAAAUGUAAUAAACUAUGUUUACUCAUUCA